AUAGCACAGUUUUGCCAUUAAACCACAGAUUAACACAACACAUACUCUCUUUGAAAGAAACAAUGGAAUUGACUUUCCACGGAGCAACGUUUGUUGUCCUAGGUUUGACGUUACUAUAUAUUUUUAAUGUUUUGAGCAAAUGGAAUUCAAGAAAAUUGAAGAAUUUUCCCCCUGGCCCCAGAUGUCUGCCGCUGAUUGGAAAUUUGCAUUGCAUAGAUCUGAAAAAACCUCACCUGACUUAUUUAAAGCUAUCCAAAACCUAUGGCCCCGUGUUCAGCGUUCAGAUGGGCAUGAAAAAAAUGGUGGUCCUGGCUGGAUACGAAACCGUAAAAGAUGCUCUGGUGAACCAUGCUGAAGAGUUCGGGGAACGGUGUCUUUUGCCGAUAUUUAAAAAGAUGGACAAAGGGCUGGGACUUGUUCAUUCACAAGGAGAAAACUGGAAGGUAAUGAGAAGGUUCACUAUCACAACCUUACGUGACUUUGGAAUGGGGAAGAGCGGCAUAGAGGAGAAAAUCAAUGAGGAAGGUGGCCACUUGCUGAGACAUUUUGAAUCAUUAAAAGGUAAACCCUUUGAGUGCACUAUGAUACUGAAUGCCGCAGUUGCCAAUAUUAUAGUUGCCAUCCUACUUGGACAGCGCAUGGAUUACGAGGACCAAACAUUUACAAACCUCUUAAGUCUGGUCAAUGAGAACGUGAGACUUCUGGGAGCUCCGUCAGUUUCGAUAUAUAAUGUAUUUCCGUAUUUCGGAUUUCUUCCUGGAAGUCAUCAAACUAUUCUGAAAAAUGUGAAAGAACUUUGUGCCUUCAUUAAAAGCAAAUUUGUCCAGCAUCUAAAUAAUUUAGAUGUAGACGACCAGAGGAGUUUCAUUGAUACAUUCCUGGUUCGACAAAACGAGGGUACAGAAGUCUCGAAAAAGUAUUUCCAUGAAGAAAACUUACUCUUUCUUGUAAGAAAUUUGUUUUCUGCUGGAAUGGAAACAACAUCAACCACCCUCCGCUGGGGUCUACUUCUUAUGAUUAAAUAUCCAGAAAUCCAAGAAAAGGUCCAGAAGGAAAUCUCACAAGUAGUAGGACUAGCGCAGCCUAAUUGGAAUCACCGUGGACUAUUGCCAUAUACUAAUGCAGUCAUACAUGAAAUACAGAGAUUCGCAGAUAUUGUUCCGCUGAAUGUGCCCCAUGAAACUACGAAAGAUGUCACUUUUAAGGGAUAUUUUAUUCCAAAAGGAACAUGUAUAAUUCCAUUGCUCUCAUCCGUCCUGCGAGACAAGACACAAUUUGAUUAUCCAGAUGAAUUUAAUCCAAAUAAUUUUCUAGAUGCAGAAGGAAAUUUCUUAAAAAAAGAUGCUUUUAUGCCAUUUUCAGCAGGUCGCAGGGUUUGCGCAGGAGAGAACCUGGCAAAAAUGGAGCUCUUUAUCUUUUUUACUAGCCUACUUCAGAAGUUCACAUUUUGUCUUCCUCCUGGGGUUGCAGAGGUCGACUUGACCUUGGGAAUUGGAUUCACUAAUACACCACCAAUGCAAAUGAUCUGCGCUAAGCCAUGUUUCUAGAAUGAACUUUCCCGGUUUGUACCGGAGGCUCCGGAAAUCACCGCCGAUCUCAAUCGAGGGCAAGGUCCAUCUUCCUAACUCACCCUAUCCCCUCCCAUAUGGAUGGGGAGGACAUGGAGCUCCAAAGUCGCAGUGCUGGAAAUUUCCUAGCUGUGUUUAUACAUCCCGUAUAUAAUCAUUGGCUGUUAACACAGUAGAGAUAAUUGGAAUAAUUUCACUUUUUCUUCUAAUGCACUCAACAUUAUAUUGGUUUCCAUGUUUGUGUUUAAAUUGCGUCCCACGUAGGCCAACAUAUGCCGAUUAGACUUUGCUCUCUUUAAUAAAGCUGAAUAGCCCAUGUUAAUUUAA